AUGGGUCGACAUUUGGGUAAGAUUUGAAUAAGUUUUUAAUCAGAAAAUAGCAAUUAUUAUUAGUUGAUUUUGAUUAUUAACUGAAAGUAGAUGUUUUAACACUAUUUAAAUCUAAAAAUUAGUUUCGACCUUUGUUUGUCGAUUAGUUUUGGCAUGAUUCAUGUGGACCUCUCAUAUUGCACUAGGCCGAAAAGUGUCGAAAACAAGGCUGUAAUCGUUUCUUCUUAUGAAAGUUAAUGUUUUUGUAAACACAAUGUACUCUUCCGUCUUUUUUACGUCUUUUGCAUCGUUUUCAUAGGUUUCUAUUGACUUUGGCAUACUUAUUUUAUCAAUACUUUGAACAACAUUAUAAAAUAUGUUUAUUGUUGAAAAAAUUAAAUUUGAAAUGCCGCUAAAAUGUAAUAUAGUUAAUGAGUUGAAAACUGAAUACGUUGGUUAUAGUAAUGUACUGUUUGGCUCCACAGACUCAGAGUCACCCGCCUCAUGCCGAACCUGCUCCCGGCAAUCCUUCCACAAGUCAAGAUAAUGUCAAACAUGAGAACGAUGAAAUCGAUAUUCAGGUAUGUUUUUAGAUCUUUUUGUUGUUGAAUGUUUAGAUUUGGUUAGAAAGUAAGAAUUGAAUGAAAGUGGAUUUAAAAAUUGCGUUUUUUGACACAAAAAGUUUAAUGUUGUUGUGUAUGGCUAAAAUUUUGAUGUUGUAGUAUAGUUUGAGCUGAAAACUGAAAGUCUAUGGUUAAAUUGGUUUUAUUAAAUGGUUUUUAAAAAAAAUAAUAUUGAAUGACCUCGGAAACCGUUAAAACACUUUUUGAUAGUAUGAUAACUUACUAAAUAGCGUAUACAUCAAUAGAUUUCACAUAAAAAUCACUUUAAUGUUUUGUUUUCAUCUGUUUUCUAUGUCAACAUAGCUUUAUCUAAACUUUUCAAAAUUCGAGCUGAAUUACGAAAGGUUUUUUGAAAUUCAAGGCCAUGGGCAUGAAAACAUAAAUAACAUGUGUUUUGUGUAGGCCGUAAAGAAAGAGGGCUAAAUUGUUUUUUGAAUACUGAUUCUGACGUAAAAAGCUCUGUUGGGCAUGGAGAAUAUGUGAUUUUGAUAGAUAUUGAUAUAAAAAACAAGAUUAAUAGCAUUUUUUGUGAUUUAACAGCUGGACUAUUGUUUUUGAAGAAGUAUUUUUUAUACUUCAUGCUUUUAGAUAACAAUUUUGUUUUAAAAUUUCAAAUUUAUGUUGUUUUAGAUCAGAAACGUGGUGUGCAACUAUUCGUUGCCAUUACACAUUGAUUUGCGGAAGGUAGCGUUGAACAGCGGGAACGUGACAUUCGACCGUGAUCGUGGCGUUCUCUACAAACAGAAACGGAAUCCACAAUGUCACGUCAAGGUCUACAGUAGUGGCAAUGUCUACAUUGUGGGAUGUCGAAGGUAAGUUAAGAUUUUUUGUGUUUUUUCAACUUUAGGUAUAUGUUAAGGUUAAUAGAGCGCAUGAAGGUCUUAAACUCACUUUUUUGAUAGCGAAAACUAAUUUUAAAAUUUCAGCGAAGAAGACUGUCGCCGUGCUGCCCGUUCCGUGGGUCGCAUGAUCCAACGUUCGAUGGGCCUUCUGAACGCCAAACUUCGUCUGCGCGACUACAAGAUAUGCAACGUGCUCGCCACAUGCCGUCUGCCAUUCGGAGUGAAGAUUGAGGAAAUGGCGGCCAAAUACAAGGAAGCCCAAUACGAACCCGAGCUUUCGGUGGGAUUGGUGUGGAAGUACGUGGACCCGAAGGCGUCGCUACGGAUUCACACGACCGGUAGCAUAACGAUAACUGGAGGUAGGGGGUUUUGGAUGGUAGGGUUGGGUAGGGUAUUUCUUUUCUGAAAUAUAAUUUUUUUGUUUUGGGGGUGGAGGAGGAAAGUUUUCAAAAUUUUUUUCUUUUUUAGGGCUAUUUAAAAUAAAAACAAUAGAAAAUCUAAUACAGUUGAACUCCUGCUUACUUAACUAUACUUUAUUGCCAGCUAGACUUCUCUUGAUAUUACCUAUAAUAAUAUAACUUUUCCCCCUUUCAGCAACAUCAGCCGAAGGCGUGAUGCGUGCCAUCCAAAUGAUCUACCCCAUCGUGCAGGAGUUCCGCUGCUCCCUCCGCCACCGCGUUGAACGCACCACCGGCCCCAGGAAGCGUGUCGCCGCCGAACAGUUGCCGGCCGAAUUCGCCAUAGCGCGACGACCACGCCUAAAACCGAUCGCGCACAACGAGGGCGAAGAGGACGACCCCCAUAAUUCGGCCGCCUUCAACCCGUUCGACGACGAGGAGGAGCUCUACGACGAGCUCAUGUAA